CCGUAAGAUGUGCAUCUCCGCUCACCUCCGUCUACGACUCAUCCCCCUGUCUCGUUAACAUAUAUGGGGAUCGACGCAGCGCCAGCUGGCAUCUUUCCGCGCUGCACCUACAAAGAAAACUUCAGGCCUGGCACGUCUUCCAAUCUCAUCACGCCCUUUCACGGCUCAAACCAAGAUGACUUCCAUCAAGACCUCCUUCCCAUGGAUUUCAAAUCCCCUCAUCAUUAAUGCGCCCAUGGCCGACAACGCCGGCGGUCUCCUCGCCGCCACCGUGACUCUUGCUGGUGGCUUCGGCCUCAUUGGAACGAAAGUGGACAUGAGUAUCACCCGGCGUGAACUAAACAUCGCCAAAGACACAUUCGCCGCACAUCCCUCCACUCCUCAUUCUCAAUCCUCAACCCUAAACAUCGGCGUCGGCUUCCUGCCGUUUGUCCUCAAGCUUGACGACGCUUUGGCGGUGGUAAAAGAAUUCAAGCCAGCUGUGGUAUGGCUAUUCGCAGCGAAACAGUUCGACGACUACGCCGUGUGGGCAAAGGCCGUGAGAGAGGUGUCGCCGAAGAGUCAAAUCUGGGUGCAAGCCGGUAGUGUCGCGUCCGCGCUACAAAUCGCCGAGCAGACAAAACCUGACGCUCUCUGUCUGCAAGGUGCAGAUGCGGGUGGUCAUGGAUUUGAGAAGGGCUCUGGUAUCAUCUCGCUGUUGCCUGAAACGGCAGAUGCAUUUGAGGCAGCGGGGUUUAGAGACGUGGCGCUGCUAGCAAGUGGUGGCAUCAUGGACGGACGCGGUGUUGCUGCGGCGAUGAGCUUGGGUGCUGCGGGUGUGGUGAUGGGCACGCGGUUCUUGGCGAGUAAAGAGGCGCUUGUGCAUCCCAUGGUGCAGGCUUCGAUCCUAGAGGCGAAAGAUGGCGGGCAGAUUACCACGAGGAGUAAGCUGUUUGAUCAGUUAAGCGGGCCGAAUAUUUGGCCGGAGGUGUAUGAUGGAAGGAGUCUUGUCGUCAAGAGUCACAAGGAGUAUGUGGAAGGUGUCAGUCUGGAAGAGAUCCAAAAGAAGCAUAAGGAGGCUCUGAAAGAGGAGGACUUGGGGUGGAAGACUGGACUCGAGGGGAGGGCAGCGAUCUGGGCUGGUACUGGGGUCGGUCUAGCCAAGGAAGUUGAUAGUGCAAGUGAGAUCGUGGAAACGGUUCGCAACGAGGCAAGGAAGAGGUUGUCUCUAGCUGCAAAGUUCUGAACAGAUCCUCUCAUAGCUACGAUGAUAGACACUACGUGUCAAUGCAUGGUC